UCUCCUGAUCCAAAUAUAAAAUAUUGAAAUAUAGGAUUAUUUUAUAUUCAGUCUCUGCCAGUAGAUCUCUGUGACCUGAAUCUUACACGCUGGAGCUUUAAGUUUGUUGAGUCACUGGGUUGAUUUUUCUUAGGUGGCACUCUCGCUCCUCCGUACAGAGGAAGCAGUGGGAGGGUUUCCUCCUCCAGGCUUCUCAUCUCGCAGACUGUUCAUGACUCAGACUCUCUCAGCUCUGCUCGACAUAUUACCUGUGCCAUGGCAUCUCCACUGAAGUGUCUGGUACAUGAUGAUAGCAGGUACCAGAAAUCCUUCCAGAUUUUUCUGGAGCGCUCCUCUGAGCAUCAGUGUAUGCAGGACUUCAUCCACAACAUGCUGCCAGACAUACUCACCAGCGUCGGAGGUGGAAAGUCCCAUCUGAAUGUCAUCGGAGUUGGAAGUGGAGCCGGUGAGAUUGACCUAAAGAUUCUCUCUGAGCUGCGAAAGAAGCACCCAGAGGUGACUGUGGAUAACGAGGUGGUGGAGCCCAGCAGCCAGCAGCUACAUAACUACAAAGUUUCAGUGUCACAGAAACCAGAGUUGGAUUACAUCAAAUUCAUGUGGAACAAGAUGACUGCCUCUGAGUUUGAGAAGCACUGGAUAGAGAAGAAGAUGACAAAGAAAGCUGACUUCAUCCACAUGAUACAGAUGCUGUACUACGUGAAGGAUCCUGCAGCGACCAUCAACUUCUUCCAGAGUCUCCUCGACAAGAAUGGGAAGCUCCUUAUCAUCCUAGUCUCUGGGGAGAGUGGUUGGGGGAAGCUGUGGAGGACUUACAGGCACCAGCUCAGUUCCAUAGAAAUAAGUCAGUGUGUGACCACUGGAGACAUCAGAAGCCUCCUGGACUCCAAGGGUGUGAGCUACCAGAACUACGAGCUGCCGUCUCAAAUGGAUAUCACCGAGUGUUUCACUGAAGGGGAUGAGAAGGGAGAGCUGCUGCUUGAUUUUCUCACCGAGGUGCUGAACUUCAGUAAGACGGCCUCGUCGGAGCUGAAAGCCGGAGUCCUGGAAUUGCUCCGACAUCCAGAUUGCAGCGUGGAGUCCAAUGGCAGAGUUAUCUUUAAUAACACCCUUGGAGUGAUAGUCCUAGAUCAGCUCUUCUAAAUACACUUUCUAGUAAUGUGAAUGUGAAAUUUGUACUAUGAUGAUAACAUAGUUGUUGAGUUUUAAACAGGAUGAUUUAAAAUGACACAUUUUGAACUCAAAUGUAAUUAACAAGCUUUAGCAUAUGUGGGAAAUGCUUUGGAUUGCAAGUGAUAUUCAAACUACUACUGCAACUGAAAUAUGUCUAGUUUAAUUUUAUGUUUUCUAAUGAUACUUAUUUUGUUAAGUAUUAUUAUUUAUUCAUUCUAUAUGAUCUUCUAUGCUUGUCCAAAAUGAAUAUUGGCUAAUUGUUUGUCUCAUUUCCAUGAUCGUCUAAAAUUCUCCAGCAAAUAUGAAGAUCACAGCUUCAGAUUCUUGCACCAUAUAAUUUUAAUAGGCUGCAGUUGGCAGACUGUGCUGCCAACCUCAUUACAGUGCUGCUCUCGUCGGAUCAUAAUACGUUGGAAAUAUGAAAAUAAAUGGAAAAUUGAAAAUGCCAUA